UAAAAAUGUGAUAAAUAUCUUAUAUUUUAGGUACAAAAUAAGUUACAUUUAGUCACAAAAAUGUUUAAAAUUGUAAGUGAUACAUUUCUGUUCUGACUAGCGAAUGUUAAGUUAAGAAGCUUCAACUAACACUAACAAUGCGUUUUAAUAAGCAAGAACUGGUCACGUUAGCAACACAACCCUCUACGAAAUUCGAAAAGGAAGGUAUUCUGUAUAUUCGGGAGCGACAGGAGGGUUUUUUUAGAAAAUCUGAAAGGAAGGAUAACAAAAGUCAAAAACGUGAAAAACGACUUCGCAAUCUCAGCUGCGUAGGGGUCGUAAGCAAAGUUAGUUUAGAGAGAUGGUGUCGUUUACGAGGAAACCUGUUAUUUUAUUUCAAAAACAAGGAUCCUUGGUCGGAACCUCUAGGUGUUGUUGUACUGGAGCAGUGCCAAGUGAGAAUAGACCCACCUAUGGCUUCUCCGCCACUCACUGCUGACGGGCAUUAUCCCUUUUAUCUAGUGUUUGAUGGUGGUUUAUGUCAAGCUUUAGCUUCAACCUCCGAUAUCGAGAGAUCUAGCUGGAUGGACGCUAUAAGGCAAGCCAGUUACGAAGGCGUUAGGGCAGAAUUAAAUGCACUUCGACAGUGUAUAGAAAGGAGACGCAAUCCUAAGCCGAACGUAGAUCUUCACACUUGGAGGUUGCAACAAACCCAUAUUUUAGACAUAGCGGAAGUGCCCCUUUGCGAAGUAUCCCUGGCUUGUGAUAAUUUACUCUGCGACGGGCAUGGUAGACCUCCUAACCCUACACUGGUUGUAGAUGUUUAUAUGCCUUCUUAUAAAUUUUGGGUUCAGUACGGGAGAACUGAAAUAAUCGAGAGAUGUAGUAAUCCAGGAUUUCUAAGUACCAUUAGCUUCCGUGCUUCCGAUGGUCUUUCCGGCGACACACGGGUCAGGUUCACGGUUUACGACGUCCGAGAGAGGGUGUCCCAUACUGCCAUACCGCUAGGUUCGGCCUGUGUGCUCUUAAGUGCCAUACAGGAUUCUACUCGGCUUAGAAUCCCGCUUCUGUCGAGAACGCAGAAUACGGCGGGCUUCCUCACAAUAAGCGCUUGGUCUUUGGAGGCAGAGGACAGGGGCAGCAGCACUGAACACACUCCUUGUAGAGUACCUUCGCAUACCACUAGUCAGGUGUGGUCACACAGGCGGUCCCAGUCCCUUCCACCUAGAUUAGGAGUAAAAAUGCGGCUUCCUAGUCAGUCGGAACUGAAACUUUUGUUUUCUUCCCCCUUUUUACAGACUUAUAGAUUUCACUCCGGUCUCGGAGGUGACAUCUGCGUCCACGAGUACAUGGCUGAGAGUCGUUUAUGUUUCUCGUUUCCGCGACAGGUUUUGGACGUGUGGAUCCAACAGGAAAAGGAACUGCUCCAAGAGGUGGCGGGGAUGGGCGAACUUCGAGAACCGUGGCACUCUAGACAGGUAGAGCUGUUAGAUAGGCACCUGCACCUCCUUCGCCUCUAUUCCCAAGCCAGGGAGAACUUGCAGGCGCACAAGGGCAGUCUGUUCAAGGCCAGUUCCAGAAAGUCUGACCGUAGUCUAGAAUUUGCGCCGAUUAAUUUACAUUUACAACGAAUGUGGGUUCACAACGAUACGUUGAAUAAGACGGGAUUCUACGAUUGGAUCACAGUCGGGGCGUUCACCGCCCAUUCUCAUAAGUCGAAGAACGGCGGGUUAAUAAAGCUAGUUCAGCAGCUGAAGGAGUCUCCCAUUAAAUCAAACGCCAAUUAUCAAAUUACCACUAAAAUUUCCAUGGCAAAUGACGCGAUACAGGCAAUCAAGCAGCUGAGGAAGGAGGUGGUGGAAGCCAUGAAGACCCUCAUGCGACUAGCCAAAGAGAAACAGACGAACGGCAUGUUGCCGAUCUGCGAGGACAUGAUCAGCAAGACCCGCAUCCUCCUGAGCCUGUGGGACCCCGGCUUGGUCGAGGAGGCUCUAAAUUUCAUCGAAGAGUACAAGCUAGUCACGAACGAUGAUUCGGGGGUCAGCGAGGACUUUAGUUUAGAAAGCGGGGGUAGACCCAGUAUGGUGCUGUCGCCGUUCAAACGCAUCACCCAGCAACUCACAUCACUCGACCUGAAGAGUCCCGACCUAGACGAUUUCGCCACUCCGUGUACCCCCAUGAACGUGGAAGACAUAUGGACCGUGUCGGACGGGAGCAACGGGCGAAUCGCGACUGGCGAAAGGAACAGCUUGUUAAACACUAGCGAGGGGGUUAAGAGCCUCUGUUCCAACAUGCAGUCUCCGGAUGAAACUAACUUCAUUUUGUUUCCGGAUUGCGAAGACAGCCUGAACGAGAAUUCAGCGGAAGGAUCGGCCCCUAACAGUCUCAGUAACAGCUCGAACGGUUCGGAACCCCGUUCUCUGGAUCCCGACACCGGUCGCAUGUUCUUGGACACCAACGUGAUGUGUAACUCGCCUUCGGCGAAUUACUACAAACCGACCGACGAACCGGAACCGUGGGACAUCACUCAGCUUAACAUUGAGGCCAGCGUGAUGUGCCUGGUCAGUAAGGUGAAGUUCCUGUGCGGACGGUGCGGCAGCCCCGCGGUGCGGCUGAAGCAGAACCCUAGGGGGUUCAGGAGGACCGUGAUCACCGAUCAGCCCGGCGGCGGGAGUCUUAUAAAUAAGGAGGCGGAGGCCGUUUCCAAGGCCGUGAAUAAAGUCGUGCGGAAUGGUAACAAAUUUACCGACGGCUUAGACUUGAACAAAAUCAACGACUGGGCCGCCGAGCUAAGGCCCAGUAUGAGAAAAUUAAGGCAAGCGAUGGAUGGGCUUUUAAAGACCGCUAGGCUAACGCAUUCAGUGUUUCGGGUUCAGGAAGACCCUAAGGCUGCUCAGAGAGUGUGCAACGUUAGGUAUCGCAGAGAUGUGUGUUUCUCUCAAGCUUUGACGUCACUGGUGACGGGGCUGAUGACCAAAUUUUGGUGUCACAAGCCCGACCCGGCGUUCGUGACGGUCCUGAGCACCCUGGGCCCUCUGGCGUGCUUCGAAGGGCUCCUGAGCUAUUACGGUAACGAAAUCGACAUGUGGGGUGACAUGUCGGUGGCCAUAGAAGACUUGAGGACGGUAUUAUUCACCUUAGUUCGUAGCCCUAGUCCUGCAACGGAGCCCCACCCGACUCCUAAAGUUAGCGGAAGCAGAAACUCUCUGACAGUAUCUAUUCCAGUGCCAGACGCUUUGUAUAGUUUAGUACCCACCAGACAAGCUUUGUCGUUUCACGUGACGCCAGUGUUCUUCAAUAUAGGCAUAAAUGAGAUGGCUACCAUAGCGGAGAGCAUCGGGGCGACCAGGCCUCAGGAGAGGUCGAACGUUGAUAAUUUCGAAAGGCUAAACGAGUAUUUCCUGAGGUACAAGAAACUGAACAUACCGGAAUCGAAUACGGGAAACGGUAGGACUUCGGCGUGUUCGCCGCAGCUUAAGUCCUUGAACGACUUGAUAGAGGAGCUUAGGAUGUGCGUGCAUAGCACGAAACCCAAGAACGUUGAGAUUUUGCAUGUCGCCGCGCAAAUUUGCAGGCAGAUUAAAGGUAUUAGGUUUACGAGUUGUAAAAGCGCCAAGGAUAGGACUGGUAUGUCGGUAACGCUCGAAGAAUGCCAGAUAUUAGCGGACGAAUAUCAUUUGGCCGAACAUGAAUUUCAGAGGGCAUUGGACUGCAUGAGGAGUGAGGGGUGUCGAAGGGAAAAUACUUUAAAGAAUAUAGGUGUUCGCAAAUACGCCUUCAACUCUAUGCAGCUCCUGGCAUUUCCAAAGCUUUAUAGGCCACCUGCGGGAACGUACGGUUCGGCGCAAACUUAGUGACAAAAUUCAUUUACUUAAGGAUCUUCUCAAGGUGCCAAUUACUUCAUAGUCAUGUUUUAUUACUUACCUGUUAAUAUUGUUGAAGUAUGUUAUUAGUUACAUAUUUAAUAUAUUUUUAUUUAUAACUAU